AACUCAGGACCUUGACCCUAAGCGAUAAAGAUAUUAGGUAAAUUUAGCCUAAAUUAAAGGCACCCUUUACUAAGUUUAUUUUAAUGCCUUAUAUUAAGGUUUGGUAUUUUCUUGCCCCUUGAGGGGUAGCAGUCGUGGUCAGAGCUGCAUAUGUCCCCAAUGUUCAUGCAGAGUAACGGUCGACUCUAGGCUACAAUCGGCAGGUAAGUCCUUUGAUCUAUGUAUGAGGUGAGAUUUGGGUGGUAUAAAUCCAUCUGCAACAUCGGCUGGAUAGAAAUAGGAAUGUGGUCAGCUAAAGGAUCCAAUCCUAGUAAUUGACAGAUCAUAUAGCUACAUCACUACUUAUAUAAAAGGCACCGACGGCCCGAAGAACCUCUGUCUUUUCUAUUACUCACGCAUAAUCGAAAUCAUCAAAAUGCAGUUCUCCAUCUUCAGCAUCUUGGCCAUCGCCACCGUUGCCAUCGCGGCUCCCCAGUCCGCUUGUGAGAACGGCGGUCUGUUCUACUCUGACCCAAAGACUCUGGAGCCCUGCAAGUCGGCCUGUGCUGGCGGUACUUGUGCUUUCCAGGGUACCUGCGAGACUGACCCCAACAUCCCUCUUCUCUGCUUGGCCAAGUGCACUUGCUAGACGUCUUGCCCUGCCGAGAACAAGAUGUUGAUAAGGCAGAUGUUUUAUGAAUGAUGGGGAUUAUUUGUCAUAGAAACAAUCAAUAGGCAAAAUGAACCUUGUU